AUGUCAGUUGUACACGCUUCGUUCAACACUGUGGACGACCAUCUACUUAGAGCAUUCAUAGAGAGAUGGCAGCUAGCUACCAACACAUUUCAUUUACCUGUUGGAGAGAUGACCAUCGCACUUGAUGAUGUGAGCACAUUGGUCGGUGAGUACCCGGAAGAUGUGGACAAGAGGAAAGCUGUGAAGUUGGAACGAUUGAAGGCCAAAUUUAGUAAGGUGGCCAUGAGAGACAGUGCGGAGAAGAGGACAUACGCCAUUCGGGCGUAUUUGUUAUUUUUGUUGGGGUAUACUAUAUUGUGCGACAAGACCGGCAACAUGAUAAGCGUGGAGUAUCUAAAUCUCGUCUCUGAUUUGGAUCAGAUCGACAAGUACGCUUCGGGCACUGCAUGUCUUUGUCGGUUGUACGAUGAACUAUCGUCAGCCUCACAAAAUUCAACGAACUCGAUGGCUGGCUGGCUGACGCUCUUCCAAUCAUGGAUUUAUGAGCACUUUCCGUAUUUGGCGGGUGGCACAUUGAAGAUGGAAUUAGAGGGGCCAUUAGCCAGCCGAUGGGAGCCUUAG